AUGACCAUCACUUUCUCCUAUCCCCGGGAAUUCGACACCUUGUCCCUCGACCCUCCGCAUUUCCGCUCAUCGCUACUUGCGUGGGACGCCGACGGAACACGUAUCGCGUGCGCCCGCACCGACAGGUCGAUCAAAGUCGCCAAACUCGACCCUGUCAGACAGAAGUUCGACGACUCUGUCGUGAUCACAGCGGCCCACGAGUCCCCCGUGGCCGUGCUCAUAUGGGAUUCCCGCGUGAACGCUCGUCUCACCGCCAUCUCGACAGAUUUUACCCUCAAAGUGUGGGAAAUCAAAACAAAGGCCCACAAACUGGUAAGAUCACUCAAACUCCCCAACAGUGCUCCUGCGCUCGCCAAGUACUCCCCAGACGGCAGAUACCUAGCCAUUGCGGACAAAGAAGCCACCCUUAUACUGCUGGACUCGUCCGCUCUCCAAUUGAACACUGCUAUCUCCGUGAAGAUGAGCGCCCAAAUCGGUGGCAUAGACUGGGACGCAGACUCCAAAACUCUCGUUUGCGGACUCGCAAAUGGCUCCCUGCAGCUCUACAGGGUCCAGAACACAAACGGUCUCCACGCAAUCGAACUUAUCCAGUCGCUGCAUCUUUCAGACUCACCCGUUGUCUCCAUUAAAUACAUAGCAGACCGCAACCAGAUCAUAGCUGCGGCCCUGGACGGCCAGCUGCUCGUGGUCGACGCACAGCUGCUCAUCUGCACAAAGAGCCUCUACAAUCUCGACGACGCGCCGGUCUGCAUCGACAUCCUUGCACCAGCAGUCGCAAUAAGCUACCAGAAUAACAACGUUCGUAUAUUCGACAUGGACGGCGAGGAGGAGGUGCACGAGGUGAAGAACAGCAAAGGCGACGGCGCGCUCGCCAGGUUCCACCCGCAAUCUCGCGAGAUUCUGGCCUACAUUGACAGUUCCGGCAAAGCUACCGUGAUGGUGGCCAAGAAGAGAACGGGGCCUGCCCGUGCCCCGCCGCGGCCUGUGUCGUCAAGAGGCAGGGGAUCUGGUCCAUCAGGGUCGUCGGGUUCCUCCAGAACGAGCCGCUCCGAUAGAUUCGAGCGCCCCGGCGCCAAGCGUCCAAAGUAUUGA